AUGCAAGUACCGUGGUGCAAAGGAGUACGCGGAUUCAUUGAACAACGUGAUCACGGUAUCUUUAGUUUUAUUUUUUAUCCCAAAUUUAUCAGACGUGCCUUAAGCACCAAGUUAAGUGCACGUUUAGAUUUGGACAAGUAUAAUGAUUUUGAGAUAUCGGUCACCCCAAACAUUGGUAACUUUCAGAGGGAAGAUUUGAUGCUGAUGCCGGUACAAGGGUUCACUCAGUGUACACUACCAGAAUUCAAAGUACCUCCCACUCAAUUUAUUGAUUUUAUUGAACCUCCUUGGGCAACAAGAUUGGCGGAAUUGUACAUAUAUCCCAUUGUACGAUUCGCUUAUGCUCAAGGGGGGUCUGAAGUGGAGUGCAAGAUUGAAUUCGACAGAGAAUGUCUUUUGAGAGAUGGUAAGAAAAAGAAUCGCCCUGAUUACACUGUGAAGGUACAAAUAAAGCCGGCAAAAGGAAAGGAAGCGGAAUCAGGAGAUAAAGGGAAUUCCGAGGUUGAUUUAACAUGGGUUGCGGAAGUCAAACUGUGUACCCUCAACAACAUUUGUGACACGACGAAGGCAUCGCACAAAGCAAUCUUGCAACAGGUUAUUAUAGAAAUGUGGUUUGCGACAUCAAAGAUAGGUUUCCUCAUAUCAUUGGACCUGAUUAUUAAGAUUACUGUAAAAGAUAUCAACAAUGAUACAGUAAAGAUUGAGGUCGAAGAUUGGGCAGAAGAAAUGCUUGGUGUUGGAGGAUGUUUACUUGUGGCUUUAGCCAAACUUAGAGAAGACGACUUUAAGAUGUCAAAACUGGAUCGUGAGAAGCUUGAGAGAAUAAUUUUUAAAGAAAAUGCUGAAAGGACUCACUCCGGUCAGAGUUUUGGUGCCCAAAGUAAGGAGUCUGAAGGAAGUUCCAAUGAUGAUUCUGGUGCUGGUGCUGGUGGUGGUGGUGGUGGUAAACAAGGUUCACCUGGUAAAGGUUCCGGUUCUAGUGGGGCAGCAGAUGUACCAGGUGGUGACCAUGACAGUCCUAAAAAACGCGCCAAGCGUUCCAUGCGUAAACUCAAGGAAGUCAAGGCCAGUAUCAAGCAUCUAUUCCACCUCGAAGAACCACCUAAAGAAAAUAGGGCUCCCGAUUCUCAUAAAGAAGAAGUUGUGGGCAAAAAAGCUGCAGAGCACAUUCCGGAUAGUGGAGCUCUUAAUAAUUAUGAAGAAGAAGAAGCUAAAGUAGUUGAAUCGAGCAAAGAUGGAGAAGAGAACAAGGAAAACAUGAAUCCUCUCGAAGCAGAAGAAGGAAAAAAAGACGAAGGUUUGGGAACUCAAAGGAGUGAAUCUUCACCUCCCUCUAAACUUGGUACUGUGAUGUCAUUCUUUAAAAGGCACAUGGAGUAA